AUGUUUAAAAAUAUUUUAUUUAUUAUUUUCAUAAUUUUUUUAUUAUCAAUAUCAACAUCAACAUCAACAUCACUUCAAUCACCCAUAACUGAAACAUAUGAUUAUAAAGAUAUUUCAAAUUUUAUGAAAGAGAUUUGUUAUGAUAAAUCUUUAGCAUUAAUAAAAAAUGAAAAUGGUAUCCCUAUAUUUUGUGAUUUCAUAGAGCACAUUUUAGAACAUCAUUAUGAACAAGUUUUAAACCUUUAUCACAAAGCAAAUAAAAGUUUUAAACCAUUGGAAUUAGCAAUAGGUGAUACAAUUCAAGAAAGAUUUUAUAAAAAAGAAGAAAGAUCACAUCAAUUAACCGAUUCAUUUUUCAGGAAUUUAAAUUUAAUGACUGAUCAAUUUUUAAAAUCUUUAAAAAAAAGAGAUGAAUUAUAA